GUUUGGGGUCCGUAGAAGGCGUGGCUCGUCCGCGCGCCCAGCGUGGUCCGUUGAUUUCGCUCCGUCGCCUCGUCCCCGACCCUUUCCUUCCCGCCCCUUCGCUGAGCACGGAGACGAGGCGGAAGCGGAAGAAGCCCUUAUCAGUCUUUCGCGUCCGAGGAAAGCAAAAACGGAAGGAGUGACAGUCCAAGCGGCGGGGAAAACUUCUUUUGGGUGGUGUUGGAAGAAUUGGAACGAUUUGGGGGCUGCUGGAAUCUGGUACCGGCGCUGCAACGGUGCCUCCAUGCAUCAGGAUGACAGUGAAGCUGGGCGACAGCAGCGGCACCAGCACCACCGCCCCGGAGGAAGGCUUGAGGAAGCUGGGCAAGCGAGCGGGUGAAGAGGAGCCCCUGGAAGAAGGGCCAGGCGACGGGGGACGAGUGCCAGUGCCGGGCGGCAGCACAAAGAAAGACCAGGCGAUCAUCCAGAGCAGCGACCCAGACGGGGGCCCCUCCUCGGCCUCCUCGGCUUUACCCCCGGCCCCCUCCUCGGUCCAGCCGGCCCACAGUCACGACCAGCAUCAUUUCCUUAGGUCCAGUGUCCGACCUCAGAGCAAGAGGCUAAGGAAGGAUUCCCAGGCAUCCUGUGCAGUCGGAGGAGGCAGCAGCAAUGCUGCUGCUGCCGCCGCCGCCGCUGCUGCAAAAGGCAAAGGUGCAGAUAAUGGUGGAGCCUCCUCUGUCACUUCAUCAGGAAUCCCUCCCAGCACCCCAGCUGGCAGUUCAAAAACUGCUACAAGAAACCUGGGCUCCUCAGCUGGAGAAAAGGAAGAAGGCAAGAAAGUUAGACGUCAGUGGGAAUCAUGGAGCACAGAGGACAAGAAUACCUUCUUUGAGGGCCUGUAUGAGCAUGGGAAGGACUUUGAAGCAAUUCAAAACAACAUUGCCCUGAAGUAUAAGAAGAAAAGCAAGCCAGCAAGCAUGGUGAAGAACAAGGAGCAGGUUCGGCAUUUCUACUAUCGCACCUGGCACAAGAUUUCCAAGUACAUUGACUUUGAUAAUGUGUUUUCUCAAGGGCUGAAAAAAUCCUCCCUGGAGCUGUAUGGCUUAAUUUGUUAUGGGGAACUAAGAAAGAAGAUUGGGGGCUGCAUGGAUGACAAAAAUGCAGCAAAACUUAAUGAGCUUAUCCAGGUUGGGGCUACAACUGUCCGCUACAAAGGGAGGAAUCUUCGCAUCAAAGCACCAAUGUGCAGGGCGCUUAAAAAACUCUGUGAUCCAGACGGCAUUAGUGAUGAGGAGGAUCAGAAGCCAGUGCGUCUUCCGCUGAAGGUCCCUGUGGAGCUGCAACCACGGAAUAAUCAUGCAUGGGCCCGUGUGCAGAGCCUGGCCCAGAAUCCACGUCUCAGAAUGAUUGUGGAGCUGCAUCGUAAGGUAUCUAGCCUCAUUGAGUUCCUGAAACAGAAGUGGGCUCUCCAUGAAGUGCGUAUUCGUAAAACACUAGCAGAAAGGCAACUACAAGAUGCCAGGAAUUCUGAUGCAAGUGGCAGCUAUUCUGAGGAAAAAGUGAUGCUUCAUCUCUUCCCAGGGGAGAACUGUACACUGACACCUCUGCCUGGCGUUGCCAGGGUUGUCCACUCCAAAGCUUUCUGUACAGUGCAUUGGCAGGAAUCUGGCAGGUGCAAGCAGAAUACGAAGGACUCUCAUUUACUGCCACCUGCCCAAAUCCUGGGCAUACAGAGUGGCCAGGGGACAGCCAGAGGACAGGUGAAAUACCCUCGGGGAACAGAAGUCAGGAGUGGGACCCGGGCAGAGAGCACUACAGAAGCAAACAGGAACACUCAGUCCACACUUGAUGCAACUGCAAACACUGAGGACUGCUCCCCAGAGGCUGGGCUUGUGGAAGGAGCAUUGCCAAGUCUUAGCAUUGUGCACAGUCUUGAUAAACCCCCUUCUGGGCUUCAGGACCCAGGUGGGAGUCUGGAGAAGCCAACUCUCACAGCCUGUGGUGCUGAGGGGAGGGACGCUCCGGCCAUCGCCCCAGCGACUGGGACCUCUUCCAGCAGCGCAAACUGUGACUGUGGCAGCAUCCCCCCUGAUUUGGAGGAACUCUCCUUGCUUGACCCAUUUCCUCGGUACAUGAAGUCCUGCCAGGACCUCAUUGUCCCAGAGAAGUGUCUCUGUGUAGACAGGCCAAACGGGAAAGCUUUUGCCUUGCCGGAGAGCUCCCCUCCCAGGAAGCUUUUGCCUGGUGGCACAGAGGCGGAUCUCCUCAGUCCCACAUGGCUGGCAAGAGGUGAAGCAUUGCCUGGCUGUGGCCCAUCCGGAUCUGAAACUCAGGCCCUCCAUUGCUGUGGACCACCGACAGAAUCCUACACAAAGGAGCUAUCUGAUUCAGCCAUGGAGGACUCUCAGGAGAAGCUCAACACCUCACUGCCGCCACCGCAGCCACCUCAGGGACAGUUGGUCACAAAGUCUCUCAAGGAUGACCCAAGCCGCCUUGUGCAGCAGGUCAGAGAGGAGGGAUGGAGCCUGCGGACCUCCGAGAGCCUUACUUUGGCUGAAGUCUACCUCAUGAUGGGCAAGCCGAACAAGUUGCAGCUAGAGUAUGACUGGCUGGCUGUCUUGGAGCCGGAAACCCAGGAUAGUGGAGAGCAGAUGCCUGAAUCGAAAUCUGUUUCUCCGUCAGCUGCCUGUCACAAGCAGAGACUCCUCAACUGCCUCUUAAAACUCAUUUCCACUGAAGUGAACCCCAAACCAACCCCUGAAAUGAACUCUGUUGCAACAUCCCCUAUAAAGCCCAUUCAAGAGGAGCAUGCCCUCACCCCUCCUGGGAAGGUGAUUGCCAUCAGCACCAGGAGUCCAGGCUGCGCACGCAAUCAGCCUGCCUUUCACAAGAAGACCUUUUCCCCCAGUGCCACUUCCAGCUCCUCAGGUUUGAGAAACCCCUCUAGACCCCUCUUGGUGGCUGGUCCAUCAAGUUCCGGAAGUGCUGAUGCAGAUGGGGGCCUCUUUGCUGUCCCCACAACUCUCCCACCCAACAGCAGACAUGGGAAGCUUUUCUUGCAAAGCAAAGAAACAGAGUUAUCAUUCCGGCAGCGCUUGGACACAAUCAGUAUGCAAUCCGAUUUCUUCUUGCCAAAGCCAAGGAAACUGCGUAGCAGACACCUGCGGAAGCCUUUAGUAGUGCAGAGGACACUGCUUCCCAGGCCAUCUGGAAAUCCCUCCCAGCAUGUCUGUUCCUUCUCCAUCUUAUCCAACUCUUCCAUUACAGGAAGAGGAUCUUUUCGGCCAAUCCAGUCAUCACUUACAAAAGCUGCUGUGUCCCGCCCCAUCGUUCCCAAGAUUCUUCCUGCUCAAGCUACCAACCAUCUGUCUAGUGCUAUUGAUUUGGCCGCCAAAAGUGCUGGUAUUAUUCCUGGCAGUCCAUUACCUGUUUUGGCCACAGAAGGUUUGUCAGGUGUUUCCCCACUGUCACCGGAUGCAGUGACUGCUGUGGCCACAGUUCAAGAUUCAACAUUGGCGCAUCAGAACACAGGCACCAUAUCUACUGUAGCGGAUUCAAGCAGUGAAUGUCGGGUUCCAUUCCUUGGCCUACCAUCACGUUCUGAGCAAGAAGCAAUCCCUGAUGGGUUCCAGGGAACACCAGUCCUUUCUCUACCAGAACUACCCAAAACCUCUCUCCAGAAUGGUCUCUCCACACCACCACUUCCCUCAUCUGAGGCUUCCAGUACCCGUCUGUCUCCUCCAAAUGUCUCUGCUCUACUGGAUAUCUCUCUUCCGGGACCCCCUGAGGAUGUUUUGUCUCAGGGAGAGCCUGCUACUCAGAUCAGUGAUUCUAUCAUUGAAAUAGCUAUCAGCUCUGGUCAAUAUGGUGAAAAUGUUUCUCUGUCCCCAGCAAAGCUAAAUGGCAGUGACAGCUCCAAAAGUCUUCCAUCCCCCUCCUGCAGCCCUCAGCAGAACUGGAUCGCCUCUCCCAGCCAUGAUCCCCAGUGGUACCCCAACGAUUCCACAGACUCUUCUCUCAGCAGCUUAUUUUCAAGUUUCCUGUCUCCAGAGAAGGGCCGGAAAAUGCUGCCAACUUCCGUUAGUAGCACGAGCAGCACCUCCUUAUUGGGGCCCAGUCUGCUAGAUGGGAACUCACGGGACUCUUUUGUGUCUCGGUCACUGGCAGAUGUAGCUGAGGUGGUAGAUUCCCAGCUGGCUUGCAUGAUGAAUGAGAACAGCAUCGAUUACAUAUCUCGUUUCAACGACCUUGCCCAGGAGUUAUCGAUACCUGAGCCAACCCGCCGGGAGAUCCUUUUUGAUGGAGGAGGUGGUGGGCCUCCCAUUGGUGACCUCUCUCAGUGAGCGCAUUCAACCAGCUGGCUGGUAGAAACCACUGAACUGGCUAUAACCUGGAGAGGUGUGACAUCAUAGCUAUGCAGCUGAUACCUUUGUUGUCCUGGCUGGAGCAUGCUUCAUGAGAAGAUCAGUGUUUGUCUUCAACGAUCUACCGUUCCUGGAAUGUGCAAUAGGCUAGGAACAAUACAACUGGGAACAGUAUUAUAGGAAAUGACGUAUGUGAGCUGGUGACAAGCAGAGUUUACAAGACAGCCCUGGAUUUUAUGCUCUGGUGUGGUCUGGGCAACAAAUCCCACAAGCUAUGUUUUUAUACAGUGAACCAAAAUCAUUGUUGUGGUAUCCACAUUGAAGCUGGGGGUGGGGGCUGGUUGUGAUUUUGGUUUUUAUGACUUUUACAUUUUUUAUUUUCAUAUACUAAUGUCUAGAUCUAUUGUAGUUGGCACUGUUGACAAAUCAGUCAACAAAUCAGUCAAAUUUAUAUUCUUUGCACUUUCCCUUCAGGCAGCAGAUGAUUCCACAACACUUUUACCAGAUUCUUUUCACUUGCCCAAGUACAUUAGCAUUCCAGUCCAGCAUGAAAAGCCCUGUGUCUGUUCUCACUUUACAAAAACCAAUAGCGUUUGAGGGUCCCCAGAAACAAUCAAUCUUUUAAUGGUUUGAAACCUUGGCAAAGGGACUUGUAACUGCACUCCUAAUUAAAAAUUAAACAUUUUUCUUUCCUGUGGUAUUCUUGGAAAAUGUGUGCACAUUUUCCCUUUUUAAAUGCAUGCUUCAUUGUCUUAGUUUUGAUUCCUCCUAGAAAAAAACAUUUGCAGUACAUUCUGCAGCAGCAGCAAAGUGCUAAUACUUUAAUCAUGUCCUGGAAAUGGAGCAAAGUGGGGUUAAAAUCUCAGUUUUACUGGCUUCUUGCUACUCCCAUGGUGAGCAGAUUUGAUAUGAGGGCCACUCAUCUUCAUCAUGGGUACAGAAUACCCUUGCUUAAGUCUUUGACUCAUGUUUGAUUCUUAGUAUUUAGUGCCUAGACUUCAGUCAACCAAAUAUUUUUAAUUUUUGCAAUCUUGCAUUCUCAUUUCUUUUUCCUCGUGUAACAAUUGAGUCAGCACCCAGUCCCUCUCCUGUAAAUGGAUUUCCAUAUGGCAAUCCUAGUUGUUCUUCAACAACGUCUGCAAGUAGAUUUGUAUAAAUGCCAUUCUUUAUAAAAUACCAUUUACUUAAGAUGGGUAAAUUGAAUCCUUUCCUCAAUGCUAAUGGCAUUGUUGUUUUAGAAACAUGCUGUACUCUCUUGGAGAUAACCUUUCCCUCUUAAAAGUGUUUCUUAAAGGAUUUGCUUGAAAAUGUGACGUUGGAAUCCUGUUCACAUAGAUUGGAUACGCACACCAGAAUGACUGUCUGUGGCAAAGAAAUAAAAAGUGCUGCCAGUCACUACUGGCUUCUCUGCUUCUGGGACCUGCUCUCCCUCCUGUUUAGACUUCUAUUGUACUCUGUCUUUCAAAGGCAGUCAAGCAAUCAUUUAGUAGUGCUGUACAUUCUGCCUGCAUUCUAGUCGCAGAACUGAGAAGCCUCUCCUAGGUUUAAAUGUAGAUUACUUUUAUACUUACAAUCUUGAGUGGCUGAACCAACUGGCCAUUAACAAGGCUAGAAAGCUAGCCACAGCACAAAUGACAAGAUGGGUAAAUCAAAGUGAGAAAAGUGUACUUCUGUGGGUUUUCAUUUAAGCACAGCCACCCUCUGACAUCAUUGUUCCAUCUUGAUAAAUAAUCCCUUCUUCAAGAACUCCACUAUAAUCAUUAAGGUACAUAGGGUCUUUAUUUCAGGCCAAAGCCAUCCUUUACAGACCAUGACACCGGGUAUCAUAAUAGUGGUCCAGUGGCUCUGAAGCCUCUAGAAAGCUUUUUGCCUUUGACAACAGGAAAGCCCUAGCAUGAAAUGCAUUUUGCAUGCGGUGGGGUCUUUGUUGGGCAGCAGUGGUGGUUUUGGAUGUGUACUUAGCAACCACAGUGCCAGAACAUAUUAAUUCUACUUGUCUGUUGUUUUUGCCAAAGUGUUUCAAAUGGAGCCUGCUUUUUAAUCACUGUUGUUCUGACACAUUAGCAGUUCUGUCCCUCAGAAGACUUUUUAUCUAACCCCACAUUUCAUUCAAGUUUGGAUUAGUCACUUUUAGUGAUGCUAAUAUGAUUUUGCCAUUUUGUUACAGAUUUGUUUGUUUUUCAACUAAAAUACGCAGACAAUUAUCUCUUUGGUUAUUUAAUAUAUUUCCCUUGCUUCCCUAUUUCUACAUAGAUGGAUUUAGCAGUAAGUUUGUAACAUCCUGCAUCUUCAGUGUGUUAGCAUUACAGUUUCAUAGGAUCCACCAGUCAGGCCUCCGCCCCUUAUGUUCUGAGAAAUUAUCUUUCUGCCACCAGUUUCCUCACUUCUGGCAAAGAAAGGAUGUGGGAAGAGCUAUUAAUAUCAGUGAUGAGGUUAGCAGAUCUUAAUACCCUUUUGUUACCUGAGGCAGAAUGGGAGCAUCAAUAAAAGUAGGCAACAGUUAGCGAAGGGCACGUCUUCAUUACUAAAUUCUAUAGUCUUAUAUUAGGUCUAGUUUGUUAGAAAUUAUUUUUUGCAUGCAAAUGUGAAUUUCCUUCCAAGUAUUCACUAACCAUUUUCUUUGUUUAAAAAAAAAGAUUUACAGUGACAAAACAGAUGCAUCAAAUUUAGAUCUAACUGCUGACAGAGUAAUAAUUUAGCUUUUUUCUCCUUUACAAACUUUCCCCCCAUUUUUAGCGUUGUUGUCCUCAGAGCUUAAGACACUUGUAAUUUGGCCUUUGUCAUGCAUAUAUUGCAUCAAAGGACAUUAACAAAGAAGGUUCUGCACUUGAAACUAAUUAUGCUGACUUCAAUCAGUUAUUUAGUAUUGAUGUUUCUUGAUGAAACAUUAAUAGUAUGCCGUCUUUGUAGACUAUUAUUGACUCUACCUAAGCAUCCAAAUAUUUGUGUUGACUGUAUUGAUGCCAAGGAAAAUGCUUGCUACUUUAAAUGCAGGAGUAAUUUCAACCCCGCUGAAUCAAUAAGAAACAAUUUUUAAUUUGCCACAAAGUAGAUGUGAAAUUUCUAAGUAACCUGCAGGCAUGACUGAUUCUGAACCAAAUUGUCGGCCUGCCUUACUUCACAUUUGCCUGAGGCAUUGAGAAAAAGCUGACCUAGGAUUAGCUGUUUUCCAUUAAUGCAUUUGGUUCCUGAAUAGCUUUAUGUUUCAAUAGUCUUUUGAUAUCACAUGGUUGGUAGAUAAGCAUGUUAUAAAUUUGUCUACUUGAAAGCAUGUAUACAGUGAUAACAAAGAUUUGUUGUAGUCCCAUAGGACUGGGAAUCAUAUAGCUAUGUUUCUAGUCAAAUGUAAAGCUUAAGAAUUCAGGCUAGAAAAUGGAGUUGUUCCCACAGCAUAGCAGCCCACUGUUGUUUAUUUACCCCACAGUGAGGCUGCCAUUUUGAAUAGCCAACCCUCACUUGAGGGUUGGCAUAUGUGAGGGUUAAACUUACCCUCACAUAACCCAGUGCCCAUUGUAGGAUUAUGCAAGGGUUACUUAACCCACAGUUGACAAGUUCACACAACAUGAUGACCCCUGAGCAGAUGUUGCAUAUAUAAUUUGAUGCUGUGGCUCAUCCUGGGUCCAAGAUGAGCCAUAGUUUGUUGUCCAAACUAGUCAGUAUAUCAGCCAUCUUUUGAGUGCCUGUGUUGGAUUGUGAUAGCAUCAUCUUGCUUCCACACUGCAUUUUGUUUGGCCAGUCAACUCACUCCCUAAUCUUCUAGUUUUGUUUUUUAUCACAGUGCCCUUUGAAUUUAAAUGCAAGAGCAAAUUCCCUGUGAAUUGUGUCCAACUCUACACAAAAUGUUUUUUGAAAAAGUUCUUUUAAGCUGGCAUUGCAUACAUACUUGAUUAUCGCUUUUUUAUCUUUCUAGCCAGCUUAAAUUACUUGCAUCAAAUCAUACCUGCCAAGAUGUCUUGUAUACUAACUUGACAGAUUCUUUGUGGAAUUUUAGUAUUGAAUUUGGGGUUUGGGUUUUUUAAACAUACACAUGCACACGUAAUAUAUACAUACACAGAUGUCAGAUGCAUUUGUAAGGAAAAUACUGCACUUUUGAGUUACCAAACCCUUUUAAAAACUCCUCCUAACUUCUUGGUGAACUGUAAAUGCUAAAUAAGUGAAAACGUUUGCAAGCACUACAGCUGUGAGUUAUCAUUAGUUGCCAAAAUGUGAUAACUGGCUUUAGGGCUUGUGGAUUUGGCAGCAGACUUCGUUGCUGUUUCUUUUAAUAAUAGUUAAGCCAUAUCAUCUAAGGGUUUGUUUUGAGAUGUGAAUUUGUUUUAUAGAUUAUAUACAUAUAGUGUAUGUAUAAAGCAAGAAUGCCUGUCCUUAACUGAUUAUUUUUUGUACCAUAUUGUAAAUUAUAUUAUUUAUUCUUUACCAAUUUUUGGAAAAAGACAAGGUGUUUGGGUUAUUUAAUAUAAUAUACAAAAACUGUUAACUUCCUCUGUUUUCAAUUUCCAGUUCAACUUGUAAAGUUGUUUUUAUGACUGUGCAUAAACACAUACUAAUCCUU